AUGGCCGCGAUAAGGGCUCUGAUAGCUGCCUGGGUGCUCGGCCUGUCCUGCAUGCGGCCGGUGUGCGCUUACGGUGAAGACAUGUUGUAUGGCAACAAUGAAAACUUCUACAACAACAUCCUUGAACUGGAUCAGCAGGAAGGUGAGUGGCUCACCGAAUUCUCCCGUUCCGCUCUCCUGGUGCGUGAGGAGGCAGGGGUUGGUUUUGGGGAUUUGGUGAGGACUUCAAGGGGAUCCACCACGGAAACGCCAUGUGAGGGCAGCGACUUGACCAAGUGGGAUAAGCUCUUCUCCAUGCUGGAGAACUCGCAGAUGCAUGAGACCAUGCUGCAGCACAGCAUGGACAACUUGCUGCAUGCUGAGCUGCGGGCGCAGCGAGGGGAGCUACUGCUCAGCAUGGAGGGUGUGGCCUCGGCCUGCACCAACUGCGACGACAGUGACCGCGAUGGCUGGCGGGCCUCCCUGGAGCUGCACACCUCUCGGAUGAUGGAGCUCCUUCAGAAGACCGAGAAUCAGCAGCAGCUCCUGCAGCAGGUCCUGGACUCCAUCCAGAACUUGGGGGCAGGGCCAAGCGGGAAGGACAGCACCUCCAACACCGUAACAAUGACGUCCCCGACGGAGGACGGUUGCCAGGUGGUGAGGAUGCUCACUGCCAUGGGCAAAGACUUCCAGAAGAUCCAAACUGAAAUAGCAUCUGCGGCACAGAACUCCCUGCCACAGGGCUGUGAGAUGGCCCUCCUUUUCCCCCUACGCUCCAAGAGAAUCUUCGCCUCGGUCGUGCCUGACUCGUCCAUGUUGUUGCGCUCCUUCACCAUCUGCCUGUGGGCCAAGGCCACCGACACACUAAACAAGACAGUUCUCUUCUCCUACGGGACACGCAGCAACCCACAGGAGAUCCAGCUGCUGCUCAGCGGCCACACUGCCCGCUUCUCCGUGGGUGGAGAAGCCCAGCUGGUGGAGGCCCAGGAGGCGGCAGUGCUGGGCCGGUGGGUACACUACUGUGGCGCCUGGAGCUCUGAUGAGGGCCUGGCCUCACUCUGGGUGGAUGGCCGCAAGGCCGCCGGCUCCUCGGGCGUGGCUGAGAACCACACCCUCCCCGGGGGGGGUGCUAUGCUGCUGGGGCAGGAGAAGAACGGCUGCUGUGGCAUUGCUGGAUUCGAUGACAGCUUUAACUCACACCUGGCCUUCGCUGGGAAAAUGACAGGGGUCAACGUGUGGGACCGGGUGCUGGGAGAUGACGAAAUCUCACAGCAUGCCAGGAGGGACGGGGCCUGCAGCACCAGGGGCAACGUGGUAGGGUGGGGCAUCUCCGAGAUCAUACCACACGGGGGAGCCCAAUUCACUGGCUGACGCUGCCCCCCGCCUCGCCAUUGCUCAACACGCAAUUGAGCAACAACAUCAGAGCCAGCUCCCCCCCUCCCAAAUAAAGAACUGCUCAUGAAAAAGACUGCAGUUCACAAAUACAGGAAUGUUUUCCAUUUACAAACCCUCUGAUAACCAUUACCGUGUCUGUAAAGGAGCAGGAACGUUUCACCCAGAGCCUUAGACUGAAACCAUCUGUGAUUCAUCUAAAGACUUAUUUGCUUUCUCACUUUAACACAAUAAUGCCUAAAAUGUAUAACCUUUGAAUUUAUAAGGACGUUUACAAUGGCAAUAAUUAAGGAGAGUAAUUAAGAAGAAAUGUUUACAGUGUUUGUUCAGAUCUUUUUGAAACUGUGGAGAGUAUUCUAUGUUCUAUUUUUUGGAAUGAAGAUAAAUGUAAUUUGUACAUAAAUGCUAUCGAAUGACGAAUAAAGGAGUAAGAGAAAGAAACAGAA